UCGCCCGUCAACCUGAAAAUUCACUGUCUUUUCCAUGUCCCCAGCGGUUUCUGGGUGGUCGCUGUGUUUCUGUGUUUUGUAAUCGCUUUAUUCCUCAUAAGUAAGAUUUGGAUUAAAUGGGAAACCUGCCCGGUGAUCGUUACGUUCGCCGACAAGCCCACUCCGAUUUGGGAUAUCCCCUUUCCUGCGGUGACCAUCUGCCCUGCGUCCAAGACCAAGCAGUCACUGUUCAACUACACGCGGGUGUAUCACAGAGUGCACGACAACAUUGCGACGGACGAAGAGAGGUGGCAGUUCGAGGCACUCAACGUCUUGUGCAUUACGGACAAGGGCAAAGUAGAGGACAGCGUGGCCAACGAGUCUACUUUGCAAUUCCUUCGUGACGUGGCUCCGACGCUAGACGACGCUAUUGAAGAGUGCUACUGGCAGAUGCGUCGUAUAAACUGCUCAGAAUACUUCAAAGUAGUUUUAACUGAAGAGGGCGUUUGCUUCACUUUCAACGCCCUUAGCUCGAAAGAGAUGUACACCAACAUGACAGUACAGGCGCAAUCGGACCCGCCGUCCAAAAUGGCGUGGGGCUGGAACUACGAGACGGGGUACGAAGCCGUCGACGACUCAACUGUGAAAGCCUUUUACCCUCAGCGCGCGACAUUCACCGGCCCGUUCACCUCGCUGAGGAUUGUCUUGCGCUCCUACGUGAACGACAUGGACUACUUGUGCCACGGCUGCGAGCAGGGCUUCAGAGUGCACCUCCACAACCCGGCGGAGAACUCGUGGUCCUCCGGCCACGUGCUCGCCGUGCCGCUCAACACGUCCGUCAUGAUGCUGGCCAAGCCCAACCUGAUACAGACCUCGGAGGGCCUGCGUGAGCUGAGCCCGGUCAGGAGGUCGUGCUUGUUCUCCAGCGAGCGCCCGCUAAAGUUCUUCCAGAUGUACUCGCAAGACAACUGCCUGUACGAGUGCUACGUCAACAUGACUGUGACACACUGCGGCUGCGCGACCGUCGGGACCCCCCGCAUCUUGGGCACCCCCGUCUGCAUCUCCAUGUCGAGCUGCCUCAUGGACACAUACCUAGAAAAGGUGCUGAACCAAUCCCUCCUGGCGAUGCAGAGCGGAACAGACUACGGGGCGCUGCCCUGCGACUGCCUGCCGUCCUGCACCAUCCUCAAGUACGACGGCGAGGCCAGCGUGGACACCUUCCCGUGGGAGAAGAGCCGCCGGGCUCUCGGACUGCCCGAGGAGCGCGCCGGCGUCGAGCGUGGCGGGAUCAGCAGGUCCCAGCUCAACGUGUACUUCAACAGCCUCCAGUUCGUGAGCAACCGCCGGAGCGAGCUCUACGGCCACACCGACUUUUUGGCCAAUUUCGGCGGCCUGCUGGGCCUGUUCACGGGCUUCAGCGUCAUCAGCCUGGUGGAGGUGGGCUACUAUGUCAGCCUGAGGUUGUGGUGCGACGUUCGGCGGCGGGCGGCGGAACGGCGGCGGGUGGAGCUGCGGCAGAACCGUUGAGCCGAGUGCCGCCGGGCCCGGGCCGCAUCCUCUUCUUCCUCCUCCUCAUCCUGCCCGACGGGGCUGCGCGCGCGAGGCGUCUGGGUCCAGCGCAGCACACCGCGACCACAUUGUCCCUUCUUGUCGCCCGUCCGCGUCAGUCGUGGCUGCAACUGAAAUGCCAACACACGCGUCAGUAAUUCCGGCAGCAAUUAACAGAGGCACACUCGCCGCUCCGCAAACUCAACUCUGCAGUGGUGUUUUGACGUCGUUAGUGUUUGCCAGCGGGGGCAGGACAAAGAGAAGCUGUUUAAACCAACUUCCAUAUACAACGCGUGAUAAGAAGUGACUUUUUGUCGGUUGAAUCUUGGUUGUAUUGCAUUGCAAAAUAUAUUGCAAGCUGCUGCCAACCAUUCAAAAUAAAAGAAGGCAUAUCGUCAGAAAUACGAAAAUACAAAGAAAACGGACGUGGAGAGUAAGGCCUAUUGGUUUUUGGUU